AUGAAGUUUGAGAAUAUUUUCUGGACGUCUGAUUAUAUUACAGGGAUUCAGACGUUAAUUCAUACGUUGGAAGAGAGUCGUGAUGAAGGGACAGACCAGUUGGAUUACUUCAAAAGCUAUGUUGAUCUACUUGAAAUCCAAUCCCAGAAGCUAAAAGAAAUCAACAAGAAUAGAAACAAGAGAUUUGUGAAACAUCAAGAGAUCAAAAGUGAUAUCAAAUCCUCAAAAAUAAUCCAAAAGUUUGAAGAAACACAUCAAUCAUUAGGAUCAUUAAAACAGUUGAAACGCGUUCAAUUAGAAAACUCUGAAACUGCAAGUGAACUCAAAACAAACACUUCACUAAAGAUUCAAAGUGAUGUUAUACUACGACUUGAAGAGUUCUUAGAGGAUUUCAAUGAUUUUAUAUCAGACUCCAAGAAAACUUUGAAUAAUCAAUAUUUCACAUAUACAAAAUCUACCCAACAAGCUAAAAAUACAGAUAGACAAUUCAUUUCCAAAUGCAGAGAAUUGGAGGAUAGUGAUGAAAAAGAAAAUAAAGAUCUUCCUUCAUUACCAGAAAAGAAAGAAUCAUCUCAAGAACCUGUAUUGAGUAAAUCAAAUACUGAUACUUCUGUUACUGAAAGUGGUAGUAAUGAUAAAAGUGAAGAAUCUGAAGAGGAUGAAGUUUUUGAUUUCCCACUUACAAUUGGUAAUAGUUCAUUUGGAAAUAUUGAAGAAUUGAAAAAUUUCAUGUUGAAAUUAACUCAACAAAUCCCAUUGAAAAGAAGAAUGUUUCCAAUUCCUGGUAUAAACAAUGAAUAUUUUAGUAGUGAAUCAUUCUCUAAAUGGUUAAGAUCAAAUAAAGAAAAUGAAGAUUCAAGAAGAAAAAUUGAGAAAUUUGGUCAAGAUUUAAUUAAUUUAGGCCUGAUUAGCAACUGGAAUAAAUUAUCUGCAAAUAAAUUUAUUUCUGAUGAAGGUUAUUUUGAAUUUACUGAUUUAGCCAAAUAUAUUGCAAAUUUCGAUACACAAAAAUCAAUACCUGAAGUUCAAAUAACUCCAUCAACAUCUCAUGAUUCCACUGAAACAGUGGCUAUCACAAAUACUAGCACUAGUACCACCACUUUUUCCAAAGUACCAAAACGUAAUGUCUUUGAUGGCCUGAAGAAAAGAUUAGGUCAAAGUUUGGAUGCUGAUACCUUAAGACAACACGUUGAAGAUGCAAAACAAAAACAUAUUGAAACAAUAAGGAAAAAUGAAGAAGAUAAAACAAUUUUAGAAAACUCAAUUCAAGAAAUUAGUCAUAAAGCUGAAAUUUAUGAAACUAAUAGAAUUAAACUUAUUUAUUUUGUUACAAAGGAAUUUAAUGAAUUAAUACAUAAUGAAUCUCAAAAGCAAUUCCAAUCGUUACAGACGAUUAACAAUGAUUUUGUUUACAAUGAUGAUACAUUGAAAUAUGAAGUUUUACAAAAAUCAAUUAAUCCUUCAGCAUCUUGGUAUUGGCCAAAGCAUGAAAUUCAAUUUAUCGAUCAUUCUAUAUCAAAAUCACAUAAUAUUAUACAAAUAUUUGGAAAUGAUCUUGUUAACCAACAUGUUGAUAUCACAGAUGAAGAUCAUAAGACAAAAUCAGCUUCAAUUUUCAUUAAAAAUAUCAUUAAACAUUUAGAUAAUAUUGAUGACAUUGAAACAUAUUGGGCAAAUGAAUUGGAUAUUAAAAUUGCUAAUGAAGUUAAAAGAUUUAUUGAAAACUCAAUACCACAACUUGAAGAACAAUAUUCAGAAGAUUCAAAACAAGAUAUUUAUUCUUUUGUCAUCAUUAAAAUUGUUGAUGAUUUAUUUAAAAAAUUCCCAACUUCAUCUAUUCUUAAUGCCUUGAAGCUUUGGUUAUUAGAAUUACCAGAUAGUGUUAUACCUUUCACUUCUUAUGAUUCUUUAAAAUCUGCAUAUAAUGGAAAUACUGAUCAAGAUUCAAAAUUAAAAAUACUGGGUGCAAUUCCAAGACAAAAUCUUGCAACUUUAUUGGUAAUAUUGAAACAUCUUUCAACCAAGAUCAAAACACCAGAUCAAAUAAUUCAAAAUGAAAGAGUACCAUUAUACCAUUUAUUAAUUAGACCUUCACCAAAGUAUGUUAGUGCUAAUUUUGAUGAUUUGAUUGAAUUUGAACCGUUGAUUAAAGAUCUAUUAAAUCCAGAAUUUCAAGAAAAAUUAUAUGGCAAAUUGAAUGAUUUAGAAAUCUCACACAUAGAAAGAGAAAAAAGAGUUGAAGAAUCAAUCAAAUCUUUAAAAAAUUCUUCAGUAAAACCUCGUCAAGUUUCAUCACCAUUACCAAAAUCCAAUUCAAACAAUUCAUUAUCAGUUGAUGAAAAUGGAUUGAGACCAUUUAAAACAAGAUCUCCAAACCCAUCACCAGCUGGUUCACCAAAAACAAAUAGAAGUAGAACAAAUAGUAGGACAUCAAAUACAAAUAUUUUAUUACCAUCAGUUAAAAGACCUUCAGAAAAUUUACACAAGAGAACCUUGUCGAAAAAUUUGGAAAAAGAUGAAGCUAAUUUAAAAAUUGAAAAGGCUAGACAAUUAGAGAAAAAAGAAGGUCAAGACAAGAAGGAGAAGGAAAAUGAAGAAAAAAUUGUUAUUAAUGUAGAUUCUGAUUAA